CUAUGCACAAACAAGACCCUUCUUCUAUUUGGCUGCUCAAAACACUGGGAGUGCGUGAAAUAUCGCCUCCAUUCCCCUCCAUCACAGAUUAGGGCUCUUCCGGGACAUCCGGGAACGAAUAUGCUCGGGGUGGAUUAGGGCUAGCACAAUGGCGUGCAUUUUCUUGCACAGCUUUGUGGCGGCGGCAUCGCCGCAUCAGCGCAGCGCCGCGUCCAGCGAUGGCGCUCACGACUGCGUCUCCAGCAGCAGUAGCAGCGGCAGCAGCAGAGCGGCAGCGUCGAGAAGGUACUCAUUGGACGCUAGAAUCAGAGAAUCCAGGAUAGAAUGCAGCAAUGUAGUGGAAGAGAGGCAGGGCAGGAGCAAGAAUGGGGAAUGGCGGCCGCCCGUGGGAUGGCCUCUUGUGCCGGGUGGCACCAUCCCAAUUCUCGACGAGGACGACUUGGAUAGCCACAAGAGAAGCUUGCUGAGCUAUGCCGUGGAGGUGCCUCCUCCAGAGCAAAAAGAGAAGAAGCGGCGGCAGCAGCAGAAGCAGGGAGACGAUUAUCACGUCAACGUAGGCUAUGCGAUCCGGAGCUUGAGAGACGAGCUCCCCGGGAUGUUCUACAAGCCACCGACUUUCGACAUCUACAGGGACGACAUCACAUUCCGGGAUCCGCUCAUCACUUUCAGUGGCAUUGCAAACUACAAGCUCAUGUUCUGGGGGCUCAGGUUCUAUGGCCGCAUUUUCUUCAAGGCGAUAUGGAUAGAGAUCCAGCGCAUCUGGCAGCCACGGGACAAGGUGAUCAUGGUGAGAUGGACAGUGUAUGGGAUUCCAAGGGUGCCGUGGGAAGCUCGUGGUCAAUUCGACGGCACCUCCGAGUACAAGCUGGAUUCGGACGGUCUCAUCUACGAGCACAAGGUGGACAACCUCGCCACGAACACUCCUACAAAGUUUAAGGCCCCUGGAGUGCUCGACUUGGUGGUGGGAGCAGCACAAACUCCCACGCCUUCGUACUACAUGGAGCGAUUUACGUGGGUGAGAUACUACUUGGUUCUCAGGGGCACGCUUGUUGCCGCGUGCUUGACUUGAUUCGAUCGAGCAUCGAGCAGCAGCGGCGGCGGCGGCGGCAACACUUGUAUCUAUAUACGUUUCGGUAUGUAUAAAUUCAGUCGUUCGACGAGCU